CAAUUACGUAAUGGGGGUAUGCCCGUGCGUCCAUCGACGUGAUGACGUAAUUGCAUUAUGGCUGCGCCCUGUAAUGACAUUACGUUCGCCGGUCACAGCUGAUGAAGUUGGUGACAUUGUUUCUGUUAUCGCUCUGGAAUUAGCGUUGGAAUUACACGAAUACGAUGCUGCUUCUUGCAACGCUGCGGUCCAGCCUGGCCCAGAGCAGACUCCAGGCCUUGCGUCUAAUCCAUUAUGAAAGAGGGCAGCAGAAGAACUGUGCACAGUGGAGACAGUAUAUCCAAAAGAAAUGGAAAAGCAGCAUUGUUACAGACGUGGCCGCCCCAUCCCGAGCUGCAGUAAGCGCUGUACCGCACUCUGCUGCAGACCGUAUGAUGGGUCGUUGGCUCCUGGUUUGCAGUGGAAUGGUAGCUGGGGCUGUGAUACUUGGAGGUGUAACCAGGUUAACGGAGUCUGGACUCUCGAUGGUUGAUUGGCAUUUAAUAAAAGAAAUGAAGCCGCCGUCGACACAAGAAGAAUGGGAAGCUGAAUUCCAAAAAUACCAGCAGUUUCCAGAGUUUAAAAUUUUGAACCAUGACAUGACACUGAGUGAAUUCAAAUUUAUCUGGUUCAUGGAGUAUUCUCACCGUAUGUGGGGGCGUGCGGUUGGUUUGGCUUACAUUCUUCCAGCCAUCUACUUCUGGAGAAAGGGUUGGUUCAACAGGGGAAUGAAGGGUCGUGUUCUUGGCCUCUGUGGCUUUGUUUGUUUUCAGGGUCUCCUGGGCUGGUAUAUGGUGAAGAGUGGAUUAGAAGAGAAACCAGAGUCGUAUGAUGUUCCACGUGUCAGUCAGUACCGUCUGGCUGCCCAUUUGGGCUCGGCUCUUGUGCUGUAUUGUGCGAGUCUCUGGACUGGCUUAUCACUCCUUCUUCCGAGGAACAAGUUACAUGAAACUCACCAGUUAAUGAAGCUGAGAAAAUUCACACACUGGACGGCAGGUCUAGUCUUCCUCACGGCCCUUUCAGGUGCAUUUGUCGCAGGAUUAGAUGCUGGACUUGUGUAUAACUCUUUUCCAAAGAUGGCUGAUCGCUGGAUUCCAGACGACCUACUUGCAUUUUCACCCACGUUAAAGAAUUUCUUUGAGAAUCCCACAACUGUACAGUUUGAUCACAGGAUCCUGGGGAUCAGCUCUGUAGCUGCCAUUACCGGACUGUACUAUGUCUCUAGGAAAGUUCCUCUUCCACGUAGAGCAAAACUGGCAUUAAAUUCCCUAAUCGCUGUGGCUUACAUGCAGGUUACAUUGGGAAUAAGUACAUUACUGCUGUAUGUUCCCACUCCUUUAGCAGCUACACAUCAGUCUGGGUCGCUGGCCCUCCUUAGUAUGGCUAUCUGGCUAAUGAAUGAAUUGAGACGUCUACCUAAGUAAUGGAGAGACGGGAAGACUGCGCUUUCAUGACAUUCAUAGCGAAUUAUCCUUCAAAAAGUUUACUUACUAUAUUUUCUUUUAUACUUGGCAGCUUGUAUAAACUGUCGUGUGUGAAUGCAGCACUUACAAACAAGCUUUCGACUUUCUAUAGAGAGCCGAGUGUUAAUAAUGAUGAAUGACGGAAGUUCCGGAUGGGACCAUGCGCUUUUCUCAUCGCGUUAUUUGCAUCGCUUCUCCUUUUGUUUUUCGAUGAGGCUGGAAGAUACGUUACUUUGGUUAAGUUAUUACUAAAUAUUAGAGAGAACUACAUUUAUUUCAUUCAAAUCUGAAACUGCGCUUUCCUUUUGUAAAUGAAGCAGAUCUGCUCGCUUGUAUGCGUUCGGUUUGAUCUGAAGAAGUUUUUGUAUUAAAAAGCUUUACAUAGAUUGCAAGACUUGUUUGCA